AUGCCUCUAAUAUCUGACUGGCGUUUGUUACGUCGUCAUCGUAGCCAUCGCGGUUAUAGGCAUAAUAUAGCCAACAGCCGAAUCUACGGACUACCUUCAGAGUUACUCGAUAUUAUAUAUCAAUACCUGGAGAGCGAGGACGAUGCUAUUGCUCUAGGUUUCGCCGGCGCCCGAUUCUUUUACUCUGAUACCCUGAAAUCCGUUUUGUCAAGCAAGGAAGCACGGUAUAAAGGGCUAUGUAUGCUCGAGGACAGCGGUGAAAUAGGCAGGCAUUGCUGUAGUGGAUGCCUAGUGAUACACCCUUCCUCCGCAGCCUUCUCACUGCAAGAGCUGGAAAAACGGCCUACAGAACGUCACUGCCUGGUAACUAAUCCGUGUCUGAAGCUUAGCCUUUUCCCCGACUUGAGUUUUGCCGAUAUUGAGAUGGCAUUACUGAAGCAGGCAAAGGAAAGGCGUCAACGCAACUGGUUUACACGGCUGUACUCUUCGCCCGAGGUCAUGAUAGAGGUCAGGCUUCGUUUAUUUCCUAGAGAAGCCGUCAUGGAUUUCCUUGGAUUUACUAAGCUAUGUGAGCUGCUUGACAGGCCAUUAUGCACGCAUUUGCGGGAGAGAGAUAUUGGGAUCCCGAUUUUGUAUAUGUCACAGACCGGUCCCAAGCCUAGAAAACCAACAAAACCUAUACAUGAACAUAAGGACUGUUUUGACUGCAAAACGCGAGUGACUAUGGAACUAUUACCGGCUCAUACUCACGGUAAUAACGGCGAAGAAUGGUACGCGCUCAAUGUCACUCGAUCACUCGGCAGGCUCUAUUCCCCACUAGAGCCGACUUGGCUUAAGCAAACUUUUGGCUUUAAACACCCGAAGUUGGAGGACUAUCUUAGAGUGACUGAGGACUGGUUUCGGGCCUAUUGGGUGCCUAGUCCUAAUCCCAGGCGCGACUCCCUUGUGCCACUCAGCGGCAUAGAUCAUCUUGGAUAUUGGCCGCCAUUUUUAGCGGGUGGUUAUGUAUUUAAGCCAGCCAUUCUACCUACAAACCUAUCUACCCGGAUAGCAAGAUUUGGUGUAAAAGUUUGGUUAUUCGCAAGCGGGCUUGUCCCUGAGCGGAUACAUAGGGAGUACGGACAGCCCUAUACAUUAACGUUAACCCACCCCGAAGGGUUAACAGUAUCUAAAGAGGCUUGGGAAAUGAGUGGCUGA